UUCGGGACAACCUGAAUGGUAUACUGUAACACUUCAUAGUCCCAAAGUGACUUUAACUGUCGAAUAGAAAUCUGAAUUCUUACAAAUUUACAUUUUUUCAGCUUGUUGAAGCAAAUGAACCGGCAACACUUUAUUUUUCCAGGAAAAACAGAUAAGAAACAGCGAAUGACUUCGGUGUCAACGGUCGGCGUAUGCUAACUCCAGUGAGGAGGAUGCUAAUAGCUAACCUGAUGUCAGAUGGAGGAUAGCGAUAAUCACAAGGAGGGGGGAAACACGGCCUGCUUGAACGACGUGAACUUUCAAAGGGGGUUCAUCGCUCUGCUGAAUGUGAUAAUCAGGACAUGAAGUUUUGACUGACGUAUGAGGGAGCGGAUGAAUGAAAAAAGAGAGAUGUUGAUGUCAGUGGACCUGCCGGGAUAACCUCGGUUGACUGCAGCCCACAUUAACCACAUAUCAUCAUGAGGAAGGAUGCACAGAAGUACACAUCGUCUGCAGAUGAUACAGAUACGACCCGCCUGCAGGCCAACACCAAUGUCGACCAGGACCAGCGAGCGUUAGAAGAGGAGAUUCUCAGCAGUCUCUUCCCCUCUAAGAUGAAACAGAAUAAGCAGAGUGCCCCCUACUGGCGCAUGUCGCUGCCCAACCUGUGCCGGUUGGUGAGCAGUCUGCAGCAGGAGGCAUGGAGCGACGAGGAGGGGGAGGAGGAGGAGGAGGCCGAGCUGAAGGAGGGGGGCCUCCAGCUGCUGGAAGAGCUGUACAACCUGCAACACAUCUGCAGAGCGCUGCAGAGCCGCGAGGAGAGGCUACUCCACGACUCAGCAGAAUAUUUGGACGAGAACAGCGACACUCCGCUGAAACGAAAAUCACCUUACAUCCUGAAGAGACAAGCAGGGCACAACACCAAGUCCCGGAGGCCAUACAUCCUCAAACGGAGCACGAUUUACUGACGACAUUCCCACGGGCCGUGGUGACUUCACACAGUACCAGGCCGUGCUCCUGCUGUGAAGAUGUGAUGUGUCCUUUUCCUUCACCCUCCUAUAGCUGCUAUGUUUUUGAUUUUCUUUUCCUGAUGUUUUUUUCUCCAGUCAGACCCUUCGACUGUGUGUCCAGCAUUGAGGCCUGCCUGUAUUCUGCUCCUCUCAGCUAAAAGUCCUGAAAAUAAACUCCCUGAGCAUCAAGCAAAAUGUGUAUCUGAGAAACUAUAUUUAUUUACCUAUCACUGC